CAAACAUGGGUGUUGAUAAAAAGCAAAAGCAACGAAAAACCAAUCCAUUCGAGCUAAAAUUCAACAAAUCCAAGCAUGACAUUCUCGGCCGGAAAAAGGGCGCACAAGUUGGAGCACCGACUGCGUCACGAAAACGAGCUCACGAGCAACGUGAACAGACGCUAGGCGUAGAAUAUGACCGGAAAAAUAAGAUUAGCAAAAUUGUCGACAAACGGCUCGGCGAAAAGGACGGAAAAAGCGAGGAGGAGAAGGGCGCGAUGAGAUUCACAGAGGAAAGAGUCAAAAAUUAUAAAAGAGCAUCGAAAUUCAACUUGACAGAUGAUGGAGAUGAGGAGGAAGAAGUACUUACUCACAAGGGAAAAGCGCUCUCGGACAUUGAAAAAUACGACAAAUCGAUGAUUUCCGACUCGGAUGACGAUGAAGAGCCGGGAAAUUUGGGCUCAAAUAUGGUAAAAGUGGCUCAUUUCGGUGGUGGAGAGAAGACCGCCGAGGAGCACGUCCGCGAAAAAAUCAGCCGAGAGGAUAUGAUUUCGAAUUUGAUUGCGAAAACGAAGCUGGCGCGUCACGAGAAGCAACAGCAGAAGGAUGAGCUCGAGCUGAUGACAGAGUCGUUGGAUUCCAAGUAUCAGGCUUUGAUGGGCAAAAUGAAGGCUUCAUUUAGGCCGACCGGGCGCCAGCCGCUGGAAAAAGAUGAUUACGACAAAUUGACAAUCACCUUGAAAACCGAAGCCGACGCUCGUGCCACCCCAGCAGAUCGUAAGCUAUCCGAAGAAGAAGAAGCUCUGAAAGAAAAAGAACGUCUGGAAACUCUCGAGGCCGCCCGUAUCUCGAAAAAUAAUGCAUUUUUCAACGCAAAAUCUCAUUUAUCAGCCGAUGCCGACGUUGAUAUCGAUGCUGGAUCGAAGGCCGACGCCAGAAAAGUUCAGGCGAAAAAUUCGAGAUUUGAGGUCAAAUUUGACGAUGAAGGUGGCCUGAUCGAUGAGGAUACGGUGGAAAAAUCCAGGAUUUUAAAGAAAAAUCUGGAUGGUUCUGAUGAAUCUGACGAUGACGAGGAUCUAGAAGAUGAGGAAGAGGAUCUGGAUGAUCUACUGGAAGAUGAGGAUGAGCUGGAAGAAGAUUCCGAUGAUGAGGAAGCUCAGGAAGCCCAAAAAGUCGUCAAAAAAGCGAAAAAAUCUGCUCCAGAACCCGCUGAAACUCUGCCAUUCGUAUUCGAAAUGCCGAAAAACUAUAAAAAAUUCUGUGCUCUUCUGGAAAAACACUCGGAAUCGAUGGAUUUAGUGCUGGAACGACUCGUGAAAUGUCAUCAUCCGAGCCUUAAAGAAGGAAAUAAGAAGCGUCUGAAUAAGCUUUUCCUCUUGUGUUUAAGAUGGUUUGAUGAUAUGUCGAAGGAGGAAUUGACAGCGGAAAGUGUGAAGGAAAUGAAUUUAGCGCAGGAAACUAUGCAUGCGUUGAUGAAGUUCGACAUUCAAUACGGAGUCCGAUGUGUGCGUGCUCUAAUCCGUCAACACUGGAAAGGCCGCCAGGAUAAACAGAAGAGUAGCCCAGUGUCAUUUGGAUUAAUCUCUGCAAUUCGUCUUGUUUCCGGCCUCUUCCCAGUUGCCGAUUCCUGGCAUCCUGUAGUGGUUCCGGCUCUUUUUUUGGCAACUGAAGCACUUUGCUCGGCGAAAUGUGCCAAUUUGAAUGCGUUGGCUAAACAAAUUCAAUUGGCUAAUGCUAUUGUUGAAUAUGUGUCUGAAUCCAAGAGAUACGUCCCCGAGCUGGUCGCAUUUGCUCGAAGUGCUCUUCUGCUUGCAGUUACAGAGAAAAGUGAGAAAUUCGCGACAAAUGGAUUCCCGAUUUCCAAGCCACACACGGAAAUGUUAUGCUUUGAGGAGAAGUACACUGGCCCCGCACUCCAGCCAAUCUCCCUGACCACAAUCUUCAACAAUUCCCCAUCCGAUCCAUCUCUAAAGCUUCACGUUCUUCGUGCUCUGCUCUCCCUCAUCCAACAUCUCCGUGUAAUCUACUCCAACCAAAAUGAGACCUAUUCUAUCGUUUUCAAGCCAUUCCUCCGGAUUUUGGAAUCAAUUCAAGCCAAAAAUCUUCCAGCCGAGGUCCAGGAAGAGCUGGAGACUCUGUGCGCCUCAAUGAAGGCUGAAAUUGGAGCCAAGUGCCGUCUGGUGCACCUGUCGCUGGUGAAAACCGAAAAGAGCAUGCUGAAAAUGCUGGAACCCCGUUUCGAGUGGGAUUUCGAUCCGGAACGCCCACAUCACGGACCCAAAGACGAGAAGAAGAAGCUGACGAAGAAUCUGAGGAACGAAAGACGCGGAGCCAUCAAGGAGCUCAGAAAGGAUACGGCAUUCUUGGCCAGGAAGCAAUUGUCGAGUGUCAAGACGAAGGAUCGUGCGAGAAUUGCGGCCACGAAACGUGUCAUGGGCGGUCUUAUGCAGCAGCAGGGUGAAUGGAAUAAGGAGAAGCGUACGGCGGAUGUUGAGAAGAAGAAGGACAAGAAAUAAUUUAAAUUUUCCUAUUUUUUGUUUGUUGAAAAUGACUUUAUUUGGCAAAAAAAACCCCUAAAUUUCAGUUUUUCUCGAUUUGUUGAAAAAUAGUCAAAAAACUGAUUUCUAUGUUAUUUUUGGUCAAAAUUUGCCUUUUUCAAACAUUUUUUUUGCCAUUUUUCCUCCAUUUUUUGUUAUUUUUUUUUUUCGUUUUGUUAUGAGAUAUGUUUCUGUUUUGUUGACAUUUUUUAUUAUUGAAAAUUAAACGAGUUUUCUG